AUGGCUUCCGACAAACCCGAAAUUCCGAUUGAUUUCCUUGCUGUUCCUCAACUCAAAGACCUAAGCAAUCUUAAGCAGUGGAAGCGCUCCGUACGUCAACAUGCAACCUAUCACGAUCUUAACGCCUUUUUCGACGGCACAGCUGAGGAGCCGAAACUGGUGCCUGAGAGGGAACAAUACUACCGCAAACGUGUACACGCUAUGGUGAUUAUGACGUCAUCUAUUCAGCAUGUCGAGGAACAACUGGAGGCAGCAGGCUGGAAGUCAGAGACGGAGAAUGACCCCAAAGUCUUGUGGGACCUCAUCCUAGUAGCGCUACCUAAGUUCGCUGAGCCGGCAGUCCCCAAGCUCUUUGACGAGCUUAUCAAUGCCUCACAGGAGCCAGGAGUCACUUUACAUGCCUUCAAUUCUCGAUUUCAUUAUCUUGCCGAUCGUCUGACAGAUCUAGACGUCGAAUUACCCACCAAGGCGAAGCUCCUACUCAUGAUGAAGGCAAUUAAGUCACGAUACCCUCAAUGGCACAAUUUUCUAGAACGAGAUUUCGAGAAAGGAUCGAUAACCUAG